AUGGCUUCCGCUCAUGCGUCGAAAGCUGUUCCAGUGGAGACCCAACAUGAGGACAUGAUUCAUGACGCUCAACUCGACUACUACGGCAAACGUCUAGCAACAUGCUCUUCCGACAAGACCAUACGUAUAUUCAAUGUCGUCAAGGGUGAAGCUAAGGGUGAACCCGUAAUCCUCAAGGGGGUAGUGGAGACAGUCAACUCGAUUGCAUGGGCGCCGUAUGAUAUCGGACCAAUCCUUGCAUGUGCCUCCAGUGAUGGGAAAGUCUCGGUAUUAAGUUUCCAGAACGAUGGAUCCACCGAUGUAUCAAUCUUCCCCGCUCAUGGUACAGGUGCCAAUGCCGUCUCAUGGGCUCCUAGCGUAGUAGCCAAUGCUGUCCCCGCUUCAGGACGCCCCACUUCUGGCCAGUCCUCCAUUGCGCCUCAAAAGCGAUUUGUUACCGCUGGGUCUGACAACCUCAUCCGUAUCUGGGGAUAUGAUGAAGAGGCCAAAAAAUGGAUAGAAGAGGAAGUCAUCAAAGGACACGAGGACUGGGUCAGGGAUGUGGCAUGGGCACCUAAUAUCGGUCUUCCAGGAAUGUACAUCGCAUCUGCCUCACAAGAUCGAACCGUCCUCAUCCACACGCGUCCCACUUCUUCAUCGCCCUGGUCAUCCACACCAUUGCUUCCCAGUCUUCCCAAUUCUCAAGACCCUCACUUUCCCGAUGCUGUGUGGAGAGUAAGUUGGUCACUCGCCGGGAAUAUAUUAGCUGUUAGCUGCGGUGAUGGCAAGGUCAGCCUUUGGAAGGAAGGAGUGGGCCAGGGAUGGGAGUGCGUAUCUGAUUUUGCCAGUUAA